AUGUUGGUGGAGAAGGUGGAUCAGAUGAUGGAGUGGAGCUCCAGGCGUUCCGUGAUCCGGAUGAACGGCGAUAAGUUCCGGAGGUUCGUCAAGGCCCCGCCCCGGAACUACUCGGUCAUCGUGAUGUUCACCGCGCUGCAGCCGCAGAGGCAGUGCUCCGUCUGCAGACAAGCUAACGAGGAGUACCAGGUGCUGGCUAACUCCUGGCGCUACUCCUCAGCUUUCUCUAACAAACUCUUCUUCACCGUGGUGGACUAUGAUGAGGGGGCGGACGUCUUUCAGCAGCUGAAUAUGAACUCAGCCCCUACCUUCAUGCACUUCCCAGCUAAGGGAAAGCCUAAGAGGGCAGACACCUUUGACCUCCAGCGGAUCGGCUUUGCCUCGGAGCAGCUGGCCAAGUGGAUUGCAGACCGCACCGACGUACAGAUCCGUGUGUUCCGUCCUCCUAACUACUCUGGCACCAUAGCCCUGGCCCUGCUGGUGUCCCUGGUAGGAGGGCUGCUCUACCUCCGCAGGAACAACCUGGAGUUCAUCUACAACAAGACUGGUUGGGCCAUGGCCGCACUGUGUGUGGUGUUUGCCAUGACGUCAGGCCAGAUGUGGAACCACAUCCGCGGCCCACCUUACGCACACAAGAACCCCCAGAACGGCCAAGUGAGUUAUAUCCAUGGGAGCAGCCAGGCCCAGUUUGUAGCUGAGUCCCACAUCAUCCUGCUGCUCAACGCCGCCAUCACCAUGGGGAUGGUCCUGCUCAACGAGGCGGCGACGUCCAAAGGAGAUGUGGGAAAGAGGAGAAUUAUCUGCCUGGUGGGACUGGGCCUGGUGGUGUUCUUCUUCAGCUUCCUGCUGUCCAUCUUCAGGUCCAAGUACCACGGCUACCCCUACAGCUUCCUUAUAAAGUGAGUCUGAGGCGCCGUCUUCAGAGUGAAGAGGCUACUUGCUGCUAGCUGAGAGGCUGCAGACACCGGGACAGGGUGC